UCUUCACAUUAUCUGGAAGACGAGCGCUGACAGCCAACGACUCGGCGAGAAGGGCUGAUGCUGAACUGAGGGCGACUUCAGAAACGCGGCCAGGGUGCGAGCGAGUAACCGACAGGUAGUCGACACAGCAGGUUUCCUCAUGGCAAUUCACGGUACCGGUGGAGAAGGGAAACGCUUUCCACGAAUGGCAGCCUCCCUGAUGAUGCACUUUGCCUCAGAGCGGGAGCCCACCUUUGGUGUGCACAAGGCCAGUCUCCAGCCGCCCCUCCCAGUCCAUGGGUUUGGGGACCCUCCCUGUGCUCCUGUUGAAGGAUGCAGUUCAAGAUCCCCUGACCUCCUCCUGCCUCAAGCUCCCUCUGAGAACCCCUCUACAUCAAGGCCAGGGACCCCUGUUACUCCUACGCUGGAGCCACCGGCCUUGAUGCAGGACGAGGACAUAGACCAGCUGGAUUGCCCCUCACUCUGGAGCCUGGCUAGCACUUCCGAAGGGGAAAGCACCUUACUAGGGCAGGGUGACACAGCAGAAAGUUCCCCCAAGAGAGGGACAAGGACUGGAGUGAGGUUCACAGACUGGCAUAAGGAUCGUGUUGCAGCCCUGUGUAGUGAACGCUUUGACAAACUGCUGAGAGAGUGUCCUGAGUACCACAGCACUAAAAGCUGCGUUGCUGCUUUCAUACUGGAGAGAGAGGUGACUGACACAGGAGGACAGUGUUGUGAGCAUUAUGAAGUGGUGGCAUUGGGAACAGGUCAGAAUUGCUGCAGCGGCUGGCUCUGCUUCACAGGCUCUGUUGUCCAUGACUGCCAUGGCAUCGUUAUUGCACGCAGAGCCCUCAAGAGAUAUUUGUAUAAGCAGCUCAUGCUGUUCUACAGCUCUGAACCAGAGCUUUGCAAACGUUCUAUAUUCCAGAGCACACCCACAGAGAAGCUACUUCAGGUCAAACCACAGAUCUACCUGCAUCUCUACACCAGCCAGACGCCAAAAGGAGCAGCACAGUGCAUACUGAUGAGAUCCCAGAGCAGUGGCUAUCCAUCGCUGAAGCUACAGUGCCAUGCCAAAGGCUCUCUGAUCCCUGCAGCCUUCCUGCCUCCCAGCGUCUGGGGCGCGCGCAUCUGCUGCAUGUCUGACAGUGCAAAACUCACCCGCUGGACUGUCACCGGAUUACAAGGGGCUCUUCUGAGUCAUUUCAUUAAGCCAUUGUACAUCACUAGUGCCAUACUUGGUGACAGUCACCAUGCAGAAAAUGUAUCCAACAUCAUCAACAAGCGCCUGGGAACUGAUGUGACAGAUCUCCUGCCCCCUCCUUACCAACAAACCAACAUCUUCUUCCAGAAUGGAGAGAAUGUGGGAGCCGCUGUGAGCUCAGACCACUGCAGAGACUUCAGUGUCAACUGGUGUCUGGGAGACUCCAGCAUUGAGAUUCUAGACAGCACCACUGGUUAUGCUAUCAGCUGUUCUCCAUUUGUGAGUGGGCCUGGCUUCUCCAGUAGACUGUGCAAACGAGCCCAGUACUUCAGCUUCAGAAAAGUAGCUGUGCUCUCUGGUCAACAGGACCUUCUGUCAUUUGCGACUUACCGCAAAGCCAAGAUGGCUGCCCACCUGUAUCAGAAUGCCAAGACCGUGGUGAACCAGCAGUUCAUGGCCAACAACGCCGGACCAUGGAACUCAAAAAACCUGGUAGACAGUUUCAGCCGUUGACUGCUCUGUCUGUAAUUUCAUCUGUUCAUUUCUUUGCUGGAAAAUUAAAGUAGAAAGUUCAGUGGA